AUGGGGGCUAAGGGCAAUGUCAGCCUUGACCUUUUACCCUUUUUCCUGACUGGAAUCCCAGGACUAGAAGCUCACCACGGCUGGCUUUCCAUCCCCUUCUUCACCAUGUACAUCAUAGCCAUUGUGGGCAACAGCUUAGUCAUGGCUGUAGUACAGGUGGACCAUGCCCUACAUGAGCCCAUGUAUCUGUUCCUCUUCAUGUUGGCCAUCACUGAGAUAGGCGUCUCCAUAUCUACACUACCCACUGUUAUGGGCAUCCUUUGGUUUUAUGUGCGCCAGGUUGACUUUGAUGGCUGCUUGGCCCAGAUGUUCUUUAUUCACACCUUCUCCUGCAUGGAGUCAGGGGUCCUGUUGGCCAUGAGUUAUGACCGCUUUGUAGCCAUCUACAGCCCACUGAGGUAUACAGCUAUACUGACCUGGCCUCGUAUCAUCUCCAUGGGUUUUGGCAUUACACUGAAGAGUGUGGUACUCAUGGCACCCCUACCGGUCCUUUUGAGGCAACUGCCCUAUUGCCACACUAACAUCCUCUCCCAUUCCUACUGCCUCCAUUCAGACCUGCUUCAGCUGCCUUGUGCUAAUACUAAACUCAACAGCAUCCUUGGUUUGGCCAUUGUCCUGGCCACUUUUGGGCUGGACUCACUGCUCAUUGUGGUGUCUUAUAUGCUUAUUCUUUACGCAGUGCUGGGCAUUGCCUCUGGAGAGGGCAGGCGGAAGGCCUUCAGUACAUGUGUGUCACACAUUUGUGCAGUGCUUGUGUACUAUGUGCCCAUGAUUGGUGUGUCUGUGAUGCAUCGUGCUGCCAAGCAUGCCUCACCCAUGCUCCACACACUCAUGUCUAGCAUCUACCUCUUUGUACCUCCUGUGCUCAACCCCAUCGUCUAUAGCGUUAAGACUCAUCCCAUCAGACAGGGAAUUGUUACUUUGUUCUCCUGUAGGAGGGAAUUUCUCUAA